AGCUGUACCAGCGCUGCACGCUUUCCUCAGGCCCUGGGAAUGCAUCCGGGAGCUUCCAAAAGUCCCCAAUGCCCUUGCCUUGCCUUCUGAUCUCUGGGGACGCAGCUGAGGAUCUUCUGCUUUUUGCCUCUGGGACUUGUGUAUCUGAGGAAUCUGGUGUGAGGAUGUAGCUGUUUCUACAUGUCCCUCCAUCCCUUCUCACCACUGAAUGUUGGAACUGAUCCCAGGACAGUUCAUUUACCAGGACACAUGUCUACAACCACGACGAUAAUCGAUGGUAAGAACGGCUCCGUUCCUUCGUCAUCCAUGAAAGUGGGCAAGAAGUCAGUGACAGAAGACCUCGUGACAACGUUCAGCUCUCCAGCAGCAUGGCUUCUUGUGGUUGCUCUGAUUGUUACCUGGUCAGCAGUAGCUAUUGUAAUGUUUGACUUGGUGGAUUACAAAGACUUAGCAGGUAUAGCCACCUAUGCACAACAUUGCGAUGAUCCCUGUUUCCCACCUGGAAGAUCUGUUCACAAGCUCAGCACAGAACCACUGAGAAUCAUUCAUGAGACACUGGAAGAGUCUUCUGAUUGGAUUUAUGGCUUUUUUUCUUUACUGUCUGACAUCGUAUGGAGUGAUGAUGAUGACAGUGAUGAAGGUGAGGUGGAACCUUCCCUGAAAAAAGAAAUUCAAAAACAGAAAACGGAGAGACCUGAAAAACGAACACCAGCGAAGGCACACAGAGACAAACCUGAAAAACAAGAUAAAAUUGAGAGGAAGGAACCCCCAAAGGUGACAAGUAAAGACAAACUGGAAAGGCAAGAAAAACCUGAAAAAAAGGAAAGGCAUGCAGCUGUUCACAAAGAGAAACCUGAAAAGCCAGAAAAACAAGAAAAGAAAGUGCUACCUAAAGUAACUCAAAAAGAUGCACCUGAAAGACAUGAAAAAGCUGAAAAGAAACCUCCUCCAAAAGAGGAGAAGAAAGUAAAGAGCACUAAAGUGGAAGCAAAAGUUAAAAAGGAAGUGAAGGAUGGAAAAGGAGAAGCAAAGAUGACGACAGAGAAGGUCAAGCAGGCAGAGACAAAAACAACAGAAACUGGGCUAAUAAAGGCCAAAACGAAAGUUAAGGAAGAGAAAGCUCUUCAGACUGUAACUAAAUCGGACAAGAAAGAUCAAUAUGCAUUCUGUCGCUAUGUGAUUGACAUGUUUGCACAAGGGGAUUUUUAUCCAGGUGCAGGACAUAAGGAAUUUGCACCACCUCGUCUUCUUCUAGAACACAGUCCAAGAAAGAAACCAGCAGCUAUUGAAGAAGAAAAGUCUGUAGUGGUACCUAGAGAAGUGAAAAAGAGAAAAGAGGAGAAGAAAAAGAGUGAUGAAAAGAAGAGUAUGACUGAAACUAAGGUGAAAGAAAAAACAGGGACAAGGGAGAAAGCUCAUGAGAAGACAACUGUCCCUGAAAUUAAAAAAGCAGAUAUAUCUGUGUUGGCUGCCAAAUGCUCUUCCUACUUUGAAUUCAAAACUGAUCAUUUCAGCUGUAGAGAUAAAAAAGAAGCUGCUGUAUCCAAAGAACUCAAAAAGCCAGCAAAAGCUCCUGCAGCCAACCCAGCCAUCAAAAAAGCAGCAGCACCAGGCAAAACAACAAAGAAAGAAGCAAAAGUACAUGCAGCUGUGGAAACUCCAAAGUUAAAAGCCGGACUUGAAAAAAAAGAAGCAAAAGCAACAAAGGCAGCAGUGCAAGAUAAACCAAAGAUGAAACAAGGAAAUCCUGGAAAAGAUAAAGAAUUGAAAUCUCCAGCUGCCACAAAAGUUAAAGACCAUGCUAAAGAAAAGAAAGGGAAGAAUCCUACCUCUUUAAAAGAAAAAGUAAUUACAGGUCCUUCAAACGUGACAAAGGAGGCUAGACUUUCUCCGCCCAGCCUUCAGAAAAGAGCAGAUUCCCUGAAAGGAAAAAAUCCCAAGAAUCUGGAGAGCUUAAGAGAAAAAGAGACUGGAAAAAGAAAAGAUGUGAAACCUCCAACAGCCUUAAAGGAAAAAGAUUCUUCAAAGCAAAAAGAAAUUAAGGCUUCAACUAAUCCUAAGGAAAAAGCUGCAGUGAAAAAGGAGGAGAAGAAAGCUACCUCAGAGAACCCGCAUGAACACAAGCAUGAACGUGUUAAACAUGAAAAAGCUGUCUCUCAGACUAAGCCAGAGGAGAAAAUGAAACAGCAAAAGACAACUCCCACUGAGAAGUCAGCCCAGGCAAAGCCAACAAAGCAUGAAACAGUCAAACAUGAAAAAGAUAUUCCCCUUACAAAACCAGUCAAACCAAAAAACACUGCAAAGCCAACAGCUGAAAUCCCAACAUCAGCCACAAAAAAACCAAAGACAAUUAAGGAAAAAGAAGAAAAAACAACUGUGAAGAAACAGCUGAAAGAUGAAAAAACUAAAGUAAAAGAAGACCCACGACAUCAAAACCUGACAUCAGGAAAAAUCCGAGUUCAAAACCGUUUAAGGAAGCUGAAGGUGCACAAGUCCAUGGGACGUGACAAGAUACAACCAUGGGUACUGAAAGAACUGGCUGAGGAAGUGGCUAUGCCACUACCCAACAUAUUUGAGAAGUCAUGGCAAUCUGGUGGAGUUCCCACUGACUGGAAAAGGGGAAAUAUAAUACCCAUUUUUAAAAAGGGAGAUAAGGAAGAAGCAGGGUACGACAGGUCAGUCAGUCUCACCCCAGGGUCUGGCAAGAUCAUGGAGCAGCUCAUCCUGGAAACUCUGCUAAGGCACAAGUUAAAUAAUGAGAUGAUUGGUAACAGCCAGCAUGGCAUCACUAAAGUCAAAUCAUGCCUGACAAAUUUCCUGUCCUUCUACCACAGGGUUACGGCAGUGGUGGAUGAGGGAAGGGCAACAGGCAUCAUCUCCUUGGACUUGAACCAAGGCACUGUCCCACGUGACAUCUAUGUCUCUAAAAUGGAGAGACGUGGAUCUGAUGAGUGGGCCACUGGGUGGAUAAAGAAUUGGCUGGAUGAUCAUGCUCAAAGUGUUGAAGUCAGUGGUGCAAUGUCCAAAUGGAAAGCAGUGCCAAGUGGUGUUCCCCAGGGGUCAGUGUUUGGGCUGGUGCUUUUUAACAUCUUUAUUGGUGACAUGGACAGUGGGUUUCAGUGCACCCUCAGUGAGUUCACUGAUGACACCCAGAUGUGUGAUGCGGUCAACACACUGGAGGGAAGGAAUAACACCCAGAGGGAUCUUGUCAGGCUUGAGAGGUGGGCCCAGGUCAUCCUGAUGAAGUUGAACAACGCCAAGUGUGAGGUCUUGCACCUGGUUUGGGGCAGUCCCAAAAACAACUUUAGGCUGGGCAGAGAAUGGAAAGAGGCUAGCGCUGGGGAGAAGGACUUAGGAUUGCUGGUAAAUGAAAGACUUGACAUGACUCAGCAGUGUGUGCUAGAAGUAAAAAAAGCCGUCUGUAUCCUGGGCUGCAUCAAAAGCAGCGUGGCCAGCACAUCAAAGGAGGUGAUUCUCUCCCUGUACUCUGCUCUGGUGAGACCCCAGCUGGAGUACUGUGUUCAGGACUGGGAACCCGAGCACAAGAAAGAUGUUGACAUGUUGGAGCAAGUCCAGAAGGGAGUCAUUAAGUUGAGCACAGGGCUGGAGCACAUCUCCUAUGAAGAUAGGUUGAGAGAGAUGGGGCACUUCAGCCUGGAGAAGAGAAGGCUUCGGGGAUACCUAAUAACAAUCUUCCAGUACCUACAGGGAGCCUGCAAGAGAGCUAAAGAAGGACAUUUCACAACAGCAUGUAGUGACAGAGAGAAUGGCUUUAAGCUGAAGGAGGUUGGGUUUAGUUUGGAUAUUAGAGAGAAAGUUUUUACGAUGAGGGUGGUGAGGCUCUGGAACAGGUUGCCCAGAGAGGUUGUGGCCUCUCCAUCCCUGGAGGUGUUCAAGGCCAGGUUGGGCGGGACUUUAAGAUACCUGGUCUAGUGGAAGGUGUCCCUGCCCAUGGAAGGAGGGUUGGAACCAGAUUAUCUUUAAGGUCUCUUCCAACCCUAACCAUUCUAUCAUUCUGGAAUUCUACAGGAUACUCUGCCAACAGGCAAACUUCUUCCCAGAUUUGAUUUUAUCUGAAAUGUUCUAUUAAUUUUCUUUCAGAAUACCAAAUGGUAAUAAGCAUGCCCAUGUUUACGCCUUUGGGGUUUUUCUCAGUCACCAAUAAAAUUGUAAUAGAUAGUAUGGCUGGUGGUUGAAUCUGCAAACUGCUGAAUUUCGGUAGUAGCAGAGGUAAUAGGAAGUUUUUUCCUGUUAAGUUUGAUAUUUGCUUUCAUAAUUCUAUUUUUUUUUUCAUUUUUUGUGCUAAAUUUUUCUCAGGAAAUAAUUUGUUCUUCUAUUAAUCCCAUGUUAAACUCCACCUAGAAGAAAAAGCAAUCUUUUUUGAAACUGAAUCACCAAACUAAAAAAUGUUAUUUAUGGUAAAGAGUAACAGAAACAUUUAAUUCACCUGCUUUUUUAAUUCUAAAGAGAGGUAUUACAAAAUGGAGGUCUUCUUGGUUUUGAAUCUGACAAAGAAAUGGAAAAAUAAAGAUGCUACCAUUAUACUCCAGGCAUACUUUCCAGCUGAAUGACAAAGAUAUAAUGCAAAUUUAUCAUACAACCCAACUCCUGUGGAGUUUCUUUUCCUUCAGAGAAGAAACAAUGAAAAGGAGAAGUCUUGAGUACCACAUUGAUAAAUUAAGGCUUAGAAGAAGUGUUUCAGUGAAGAAAAGACAACAUGAAGACAACUGGAUGAGAACCUUCCAUGCACCUCUCUAAUCUGCAUCUUCUUGCUAAAAUCAUGCAGCCAACCUUCCCCAAAACAGCUGAGUCACCUUUGCUUUGAUGUGAGUGUGUAUAACUCUGCCUUGAGAAAAUCUAAAUAAAUCACUACUGCUUGAAGGCUU